AGUGCCCAUUGAGUUUUCGUUGAGCCUAACUAAAUUUACCAGCACUUGUGCAUUAACAAUAACAAUUGCAGCCACAGCCAAAAUGCAGCAUAGGCUAAUAUUAUACAGUGUUUUAAUUACAUUUUUAAUACCGAACCUGCUGACCGACGCAAUACAGGCACGUAGUGACAAAGAGCAGCCGCAGACCCAAGUACAGUCUGUGGUGCCCGUGCAGGCGCAAGCACAGUUAAGCUCCAGUGCGGCAUCUGCAUCAGGGCCUAGCUCGACUUUUAAUCCGCUGGGGCCAAAUGUGAUGUGCUCGUUCCUACCCCGCGACUUUCUGGAAUGCAAAGAACCCAUUGAUCAUCGCAACAAUGAAACAGCAUUGAAGGAAAAGGGAUACGGCUGUCUGCGCUUUGGCGGCUCAUCUUAUGAGGAUGUGGCGCACACCAAGGUGCAGUGCACCGUUUUCACAGACAUCGACUGUUAUGGUGCACGCACAUUCUUUCGGGAUGGCGAACCCUGUGUGCGAUAUACGGAUCACUAUUUUGUCACCACGUUGAUUUACAGCAUGCUACUGGGAUUCCUUGGCAUGGAUCGCUUCUGCCUGGGACAAACUGGCACAGCUGUGGGCAAACUGUUGACAAUGGGAGGCGUUGGUGUCUGGUGGAUAAUUGACGUCAUACUGCUCAUCACGAACAAUUUACUACCUGAAGAUGGUAGCAAUUGGAAUCCCUAUGUCUAAGCUAAAUAUAAUCAUUAUAACAAUGUAAAUAAGUCAUACAUACAUAAGGAUAUACUCAUCAUAAGUAAACAAA